CCCUGGAUCCAGCCAUGCCUGAAGCGCUAAACUUUUAUGUUAUGUGAGUCAAUGAAUUCCAUUUGUUGCUUAAUCCAGUUUGAAUGAUGUAAUGCAUGCAAAAAAAAAAGAGAAUCUUGAAUAAUACUCAAUAAUGCUUACCCCAAAGACCAACCCAAAGAUAUACCUAUAUGCCUCUAAAUAUGCUGUUAUUUCCAUAGAAUGAUCUGUUUCGUUUUCUACACCUAGAAAACUCCUAAAUAUCCUCUUAACUGCAAAGCCUUCCCUGACCUAUGCAGGUAGGACUGCUCACUUCCUCUGCUUUGCCAGCACUUUGCAAACGUCUCUAUUAGUGCAGGCACACAAUUGUUAUCACAAUCACUGUUCCUCCCUACCUGUGAGCUCCUCCCUCAGCAGAUCCUUAUGGGUCUUACCUUUGCAAGCCCAACACCCCACACCAGGCCUAAUACCUCAGGGAAACUGAGUUAAACAAGGCUAAACUGGUCUUUUGACCUAGGACCUCUCGGAGUCCCAUUUUUGUGUUUAUGUCUUCAUGGACCCCCAAGCAGGGGCACAGAAGCAGCAGCUUCCAAACUCAUUUGAUGUAAAAACUCAAUUUUUGCGUAAGUUGGAAAAAUUUAGAGAAGAAAAAAUUACUGCAGUUUCUUAGGGUGACCUUGACAAAAGCAGCAGCUUGCAAUCAAUACGUGUUAAAUGAAUGAAAGUGAAGAAUUUGGUUAAGCCAAAGUGAGGAGCGGGACAGAGGAGGGGUGACCUCUUCUUGGACCUAUCUCUGGAAUGGUCUGGGGGCCAACUGCUAAGGAGCCAUUGCGGUCAUAACCCAACCCCGUUUCCUUGGUUUAAAUCUAACAGCCAUUAGAUGCAGUCUGCACAAUUUAGUCCAUAUUCCCACCCCGUGAGCAGGUGCUAACUGCCUGAGUGCCUUUGAUUCUUACCUUCACUUUGCCCUAGAGGGGGCCAUGAGUGAGUGAUCAGGGCCGAUUUUCUUCUAACUGCACAUCCUUAAAGAUGGGAACCGAGACAAGCUCCUUUCCUGCCGUGUCCCUGUUUCCCUCCCCUCGACCUAAGGGAAGAGACACCCGCUCCCUUCCAAGCUGGGCUCGGGUGCUUUGUAAACACAGCAACAACAACAACAGUAAAACCUGUCAACGUAAGCACUGGCCCUACCAGUGCAACUCUGGGAAACUCACUGGACCGCUUAGAGCCUGGCUCUCGCACGCUCCCUCCGCAGGCUUCUGAGACAAUCGCGCAAGACUGUUUGCGUGCGUCGGUGAAACAAAGCAUUUAAAAAGUAAGUGCCUGAUAGACAUCCUAGUACUUUACAAACGGAAAAAAAACAGCUUUUAGGAGAUAAUGUUAAGGGACACUAUGAAAUCUUGGAAUGACAGCCAGUCAGAUCUCUGUAGCAGUGACCAAGAAGAGGAAGAAGAAAUGAUUUUUGGUGAAAAUGAAGAUGAUUUGGAAGAGAUGAUGGAUUUAAGUGAUCUGCCUACCUCACUUUUUGCCUGCAGUGUCCAUGAAGCAGUGUUUGAGGUGCAAGAGCAGAAGGAAAGGUUUGAAGCACUUUUCACCAUCUAUGAUGACCAAGUUACAUUUCAGUUGUUCAAAAGCUUUAGAAGAGUCAGAAUAAAUUUCAGCAAACCUGAAGCAGCAGCAAGAGCUCGAAUAGAACUCCACGAAACAGACUUCCAUGGGAAGAAGCUGAAGCUGUAUUUCGCACAGGAGAGAAAUACGAACUUCAUGCAGGAACCGAGUCGACACCCAGCGUGGUGGUUCAUGUCUGUGAGAGUGAAACUGAAGAGGAAGAAGAAACAAAAAACCCCAAACAGAAAAUUACCCAGACGAGGCGCCCUGCACCUCCGACCGCAGCCCAGAACGAGCCCCCGGCCUUCGACUGUGUGCUGUGAGGCCCUGGGCUGCGGGGCAGGGCCGCUGCCCCGUGGGCUUCAGCCAUGGCGAUCUGCACCCCUGCGGCGGACGGACGCAGCGCGCUGCUGGUGGCGUGGGCGAGACUGGAGUGCGUGA